AACGGAUUAUGGAAGAUGGCCAAAAGUGAAAAUGUAAUAUGGUAUUAUAGAAAAAAGACGCAAAAUAUAUGAGAAGACAUACAUGUCGGGAAUGAAUAUGAAAUGGAAAUGAAGUGAAGAAUUGGCUAAUUUUCUUGUUUUCCAUACAUCCACUGAGAAUUCUGAAGAUUUCCUUUCCAUACGUACUUAUGUAUAAACGAGUUAAUAACUACGUGCAAAAUUCUAGUUGCUUUGCGUCUCCGCAGUUUAGAAUGUUGCACACAGUUUUACGACUCCAUGAUGUAACUUGUUACAUCCAUUGUGUCUCAUAAAAAAAAUGUAAAUAUUUCUUUUGCGAACAGUUAGAGCUUGUGGUCCUAAAACUCUACAUUCGUUUCUGAUUGUCCCAAAGUGCUGUGAUUUCUUGUGAUUAACAGUUUAUCAAGUUAUCUAUCGUCACAUCAAUUCUUAUUCUCGGAUGUUACAAAUUAAUGAUUUUUUUUAUUUCGAGAAUUAUGCUCGGUGAAAUAUUGCGUCUGAUGAAGUAAUAGGCGUGGCCAGGAGUAUUUUAUGUGGUAAAAGUUUGGCAGAUGUCGUAUAAUAGUGACAAAUAGUUGGACGAUUGCCAUUUAUCAAAGGUUUUGGACGUUUCUACUAUUCACAAUAAAAUGAAUGAUUUUUAAAUACAUAAUACAAUGAGUUUUUCAAUCUGUACAUAUGUAGAUAUGUGAAUUUUUGCAUGGAUUUCCGAACUGUAUAGUUCUCCCCUUACAGUUUUACAGACACGACUGUAAAUAUGUAUUGUAUUUGUAUGUACAUAAUAAAAUAUUUUGUAUGGCCUCUCAGUGGUAGAUAUGUGAAUGCAUGCCGUUGAAAUAUUUUGUAGCGCUAUUUUAAUUUCAUAAAUUUAUGAAAUUAAAAUAGCGCCACAAAAUAUUUAUAUGUACAUAUUUAUAUUCGUACAUGUCAAUUCGUCUGUUUGCGAUUUGUCUAAUUGCGAUACAUGCUUAUUAUAUUAUUCUGGACAAGGGUUAACCUAUUUCUGAUAUUAAGUGUCCCACUAUUUAUUUAAUUUAUAUUUAGGGAUUUGGCUUGCAAUUAUACUCGGGAAAUCAUUAAAUUCUCUGAAUAAAAUAACAGUUACAUACACAUAUUAAUUUCGACAAUUGACAUAAAUACCUAAUGUGCAUAUGUAUAUGAGGUUGAAAACAUAAUACACCAGUAUUUGCACUAAAUAUUGACUGUAACCACUCUUUGUUUCAUAAAAUAUUACUUCAAAUUUGCUUAUCACUAACCAAUUAACGUAGCGAUAAGUAAUUAAACUACUUGGUCAUCUGAUACGUCAUCUGACCCCUCUUCAAUCCCGUCUGAUAUAAAUAUUAAGAGUUCACUCACAAUUUUAGGCAGUUCUCGUUGUCAUUGUAAAACUACACCUUUGUCAGAAAUAUUGUUCUGCAAUUUCACAAUCCUUAUUUUUAAAAUGCCACUGGUCACCACUACUACACCAUUCGGAAUUUACACCACCCCGGCCAACCCCACGGUUCCCAUUCCGGUCACCAAAUACACGCUUACCAACACAAUAAAUUCAUUCUCCAUUUCCAUUAUCGAUUAUGGCGCAGCCCUCACAAACCUCAUAGUUCCCGACGCCCUUGGCCAGUUGACAGACGUCGUUUUGGGGUUCGACACCUUGGAAGAUUAUCUUGGAAUUACAUCGUUCGAAAACCCCUACUUUGGGGCAAGCAUUGGCAGGACAUCGAAUCGUGUCCGCGCCGGAAGAUUUAUUAUGGACGGCCAACAGGUCCAGUUGAGUUUAAACGACGGUCAGAAUCAUCUUCACGGAGGAUUUGCUGGAUUUGACAAGAGACAAUUUAAAGCCAGUAUCAUUUCCGGUGGAAAAGUUGCCUUCAGCUAUAUUUCUACAGGCGGAGAAGAAGGGUAUCCAAAUUCGGUCAUGGCCACGAUCACCUACUCCAUCAACGAGGAGAAUGAGAUAAUCCUCGAAUAUCUCGCAAUGUGCGAUGGCCCGACUCCCAUUUCCUUGACCAACCACACUUACUUCAAUUUGACGGGACAUAAAACCACGGCAUCCAAACUCGAGUCACAUAUGAUCACUCUGUAUGCAAAUGAGUAUACGCCAGUAGAUGAAAAUCUGAUCAUCACUGGAGAUGUGACCCCUGUACAAGGGACCAAGUUCGAUCUACGAACUCCAAAAGAUAUCAAUGAGUUGAUAACUAACGACCCGAGUGGUUAUGACCACAACUUUUGUCUGAAUCGGGAAGGAGUUCCAGAUGGAGAAUUGGUCUUAGCUGCCAGGGUUUCUGUUCCCAAUCUUAGUCUAGAGAUACGAACUGAUCAACCAGGCUUGCAAUUUUACACGGGGAAUUUUCUCCCAGAAACAGCUUUACUUCGGGGGAAGGAAAGUACAUACUACUACAAGAACGGUGCCUUUUGUGCAGAAACCCAAGCGUGGCCGGAUGCUGUGAAUCAUAACCACUUUCCAAACGUUUUGCGCUCUCCAGGAACUGUGUAUAAGACUAUAUCUGUAUAUUCCUUUAUCUACUAAGGAUAUAUUGUCAAGUCAAAAUUGUUGACAUUUCAGGAACCGUGUUAAAAUAAUAUUGUUGGAGUAAACAGCAAAGUAUUAAAACGGUUUGUAUUUAUGAAUUAAUUAGUCACAGUCAUUGGUGUAGUCAUUACAUAAUAAUUAAUUAAGUCUAUAACACAGACUCGCAUAUCACAUUUUUAAAGAUAGA